CAGUGUGUAAUGAUAGAACGAGCCGAGUGGAUGUGGAAUUUCAUACUCCGGGAACUUUUAUUGAUAUAUCAUGGAUUUUAGCUAUAAUUGAACGGAAUUAUGUUUUUUUCUUAGGAAAUAUAGUAAGGGAAGAGACCUGAAUCCACCACAAAAGAAGAAUUAUUCUAAGAAAGUGAUAUGAGUGUAAAUCGGAAUUGGGCAGGUGUGGAAAUCGUCAGUUGUCCUUUCCUGCGCGUGAUAUGGGUUGUUUUAAGAAAUGAACUCUAACUUAUAUACGGAUCCAAAGAAGUUUUGUUUGCAUGUUUUAACGUAUUUUGCGGUUUUGCUCCUCCUCGUUUCACAAGGAACGACGGCCCCAGUGAAGUAUCAGUCCCGCAGCUUUGUCGGAAUUACUCCAGUGCAGGGACAAAAAGACGUCACUCAAAAAAAGAUGUUUUUGCGAACCAAAAGUCACCGUGCUCUAGAAAUCUUGAGUGACGGUACAGUCCAAGGAACAGCUUGUGGACAUAAUACAAAAUAUACACUUCUUCAGUCUGGGUCUCAUAACCUGGGAAACACUGUAUUUGGGAUUGCUGCCCAGAGAUUUUUAUGUGUCGCGCCUGAUGGCAUCAUCUACAGUUUGCCGAAGGAUGACUUUAACGAAGAAGAUUGUGUGUUCAAUGAGACUAUAGAUUAUAAAGAAACUGGAAACAGGUCAAAUCCGGGCGUUCUGGAAUAUUCCAAGUACCGACAUAAAAAGCAUGGAAUCCGAGUUGGGAAUUCAGUUCGAAGGUACCAGUUAGCAUUAGUGUGCAAUAAGGCUGUUACAAUUAGCAUGAGGAAAGACAGGAGGAAAUAUGUAAACGAAACACUAUUUCUAGUGGAAAGAACUGACUUAGAAUUACGUAGUCUUCAAGAAAAUUGUUCUAGGCCGUCCAAUUCUGAUCUUAGUUGUAAAAAGAGAGAGUCAGAUAAGAAAGAUUGUUCCGAGAAAGUGAAGAAGAAAGGAGCUAAACGGAGUUACGUCAAAUUUUGUAGGAAAGUGAUGAAGAAUUUUUUUAGUGCAACUCUACGAAAACUGAGACUCUUUAGAAAACGCGACUGCUACUCUGUAUUGAGUGAAUAUUACACAUGUAGAAGGAAGAAACGUCAAGAUAACAAAGGACCUUCAUGAAAGGAAGAAGUCUUUCAUACAGGAUUUAGAUCUGAGUUUCCAUGAUAUGGAAAUACACAGCUAGUCUACAAAGCAGCUAUAUGCAGCAGUCACCUGGAAGUGACGUCACGAUUCUAAAGAGCAGUAGCUGUGACGUGAUGGCAAGAAUUGCCUCACAAAACACUAGAAUAUCAUUACACUUUAUACACUUUCGGGGAAAGAAAUGCAUCCUCUCAUUUCUCAUUCAUCAUUUUCUUCAAAAUCUUGUGUCCUCCCAUUUAUGUUCACAUGUUGCAAUAUGAUAAUUGUGAUUAGUGGGUUUAAUUCACGUGGUGCUCUCAGGGCGAUGACGUAUGUUUUCUAGCGAUGGCGUAUGUUUUCUAAGCCGUUUCCACUCACUUCAUUGUCACUUCAAAAGUGCAAUAAGAAAAUUUGGACAAUUUGUUGGAGUGCAGCGAGUGGUUAAACUGAUAUUGAAGGGUAAAAUGUAUGUAAAAGUUUUAGAGAGAGAGAGAGAGAAAGAGAGAGAGAGGAUAUUGUCUAAGAGGAAUUUAUUUUUUCUAAAUAGUGCCAAACUGCAGACUGAUCAACUCCUGUAAAAAGAUAAUUGUGAAUAUAGAUCUAGAUCGUUAGCAUUUGUAUAAUUUGUACAAAAGUUUACGAAGUACACAUCUGUGUGUAUUUUUUUUCAAAUUUGACAUUUUUUUCAAUUAUCUAAUUAUAUAUUCCUUUGAUACAAAAUCAAAGGCUUUGUUCCCCCUCUUUCACGGACCUUUUGGAAUGGGGCAAUUCAUUUACAAAAUUGCUACACAGAUCAGCGAUUGCCCGGUCUGUCAAUAUCUCUGUAUUGUAUUGUCUUUUGACGGGGGUACUCAGAUCGCGUGUGCAUUUAUGAUCAAAUAUCUUAUUGACAAUUAUAAUUAAGACAGAGCUGCACUCCCAACACCUGUCGGAACCAAACACCGUUUCUCCUAUUUCUACAUUGUAGUAUUUUAUAUAUGAUGCCAGUAUUCAAUGCCAAAAUGCCCUCGACUUGAUAAAGAUUGUGUCUCAGCAUACUUUGUAAAAAGGCAAGGGGCUUUAUUAUUUAAAAACAUUGUUGUUGUCAAAAAAUAAGUUAUGACAAAAAAUUGACUGUUGUUAUAAUAUUGUAUAUUAAAACUUUAAAACCUUUA